AUGUUGAAUGAUCAGGUAGAGUCUACUCUGGCUACAACUGAAAGCGUGGUUGAUCCUUCACAGCCUGCCAUUAGUAUUGGUUCUUUAAGGGGUGAUACUUCACUUAAUGCAUGCUCCUCCCAGGCACAGGCUGCUUAUCAUAGAGGUUAUGAUGGUAUGAUUAGCAGAAUGGGAGUUCAUCUUUCUGAUGGUAAUGUUGAAAGCCAGGGCAAUAGUGCUCAUGGCAUCCGUGAUGAUUCUUCAUCUCUUCCCUUUCAUGGAUAUGGUUAUGGCUCUCAAAUGACGCAUCGACCAUAUGUGCCGUUCACACCCCUUCAAUCUUCUUAUGACGGCACAUUGUACAAUGUGCAAGAGUUCUCCAACUCCAACCCACCUUAUUUCCAGCAGCAUAUCUCACAUAACAUCCAACAUGUUGCAUCGUCAAACCAUAUUUCUGAAGUUCAAUUGCCAGCCCACUCUGAUCCACAAAAUGUAGCUUGCUAUAGUUAUGACCUUGGACUUGGUCAACCACAUACUUUGGGGGCUUUCAGUGAAGGACACCACUUUUCUGGGAUGGUGGGACAGUCCAGGCCCUUGCAACAAGGAUUUGAUGGGAUCGAAGGUGGUAUGUUGUGGCCAGACUGGUCAAAACCUCCGAACGGGACAAACUCUUUUGCGCACUUGGCUUCAUCACCAUCUUGUCCAAAACCAAUGGCUGCAGUCAGUUUUCCUGAGAAUCAUUUUGCCACGGCUUCUCGCCACAGAGACUCAUUUUAUGACUUUGGAUCUCAUUCAAGUCCCACCUACAAAACCUAUCCCCAAGGUCAAAAAGAUCAUGACUCUGGCUAUGAAGUUUCUCUUAUCAGGACGAAUUGCCGAAACUGGCCUACACUCGAUGAAUCAAGGCGUGUGGGAAGGUGCAAUGAUUUCUCAUGCAGUUGUACUGUUGCCCUUGAUACACUUAGUGAGCGAAAUAAAGGACCUAGGGCAUUUAAACCCAGAACCCAGACAGUAAGAAACGAGCCCAUGGUUGACAUUCACAGGACUGUGAUACAUGAUGGCUGUAGUGUGUCUCAUCACAACAAACUGGAUUUUGUCACCGACUACAAGGAUGCAAAGUUUUUUGUGAUAAAGUCUUAUAGUGAGGACAAUGUGCACAAGAGUAUAAAAUAUGGUGUCUGGGCAAGUACUCAGAAUGGAAACAAGAAGCUAGAUGCCGCCUACUGUGAAGCCCAGGAGAAACAGGGGGCAUGUCCCGUCUUCUUGCUAUUUUCGGUCAAUGCUAGUGCUCAGUUCUGUGGAGUGGCUGAGAUGAUUGGACCAGUGGACUUUGAGAAAAGUGUGGACUACUGGCAGCAGGACAAAUGGACUGGACAAUUCCCUGUGAAGUGGCAUGUAAUCAAAGAUGUCCCCAACAGUCAGUUUCGUCACAUUAUCCUCCAAAGUAAUGAAAACAAACCUGUCACUAAUAGCAGAGAUACUCAAGAGGUUCAGUUGGAUCAUGGGAUUGAGAUGUUGACCAUAUUCAACAAGUACGUGAGCCAUUCAUCCAUACUGGAUGAUUUUGAGUUCUACGAGGAGAGGCAGAAGACAAUGCAGGUCCGUAAGUCAUCGAGACAGCAGCAGCAGCAGCAGGCCAACGUACCAUCCUCUGCAGCUGCCCCUUCUGCUGCAUCUCCUCCGAAGUCGGCUAGCCCACCGGGUCGCGUGGUGUCACUUCCCAGUGAUGUCAUCAAGAAGAUGUCGAAGAGCUUCGCUGAAGCUGUUUCUGUGAAGGAAGACGAAAAACAAACGUGA